AUGGGAGAAAUCUCCCCCGGCGGGGCGACGGAAGAACACCACGGGCCCUGGGCCCGUUUCAACGGCUCGGGAAAAGUUUCGCGAUCAGACACCGGGUCUCUCGGCCUCUACGCCCCCACGGGGCUUUUGAGUUCACUCAGGACGAUGAUGACGUUGCCCGGGACAAAACAGACGUGUGAAUUUGACUCCUCGGACGAAGAGCCAGUCGAAGGAGAGCGGACUCCAUUUCACAUCUCCUGGUUGGACCCGUCACCUGUGCAUUAUCCACAGUUCCUGGGAUUAUGCUCUCUCCCAGGUUGCAGAUUUAAAGAUGUUGGACGAAAUCUUCAGAAGGAUCUAGGGGAACCGAAGAGCUGCGGCGCCCGGGACCUGUUCGUGUUCUGCACCCGAGGAGAACUAGCCAGCUGUUACGGAGGUCUGGGGCGCUCCUGUCUCGUGGCGGCCUGCCUCCUCCUCCGCUUAUCCGACACCGGAGCGAUCCAGGAAGUCAUAGACGGCCUUCGAAACCCAAGAGGGUCUGGAGCAAUUCAGACCAGAAAGAUGAGGGAACCGAGGCCCAGAAAAGCGAAGGGACUUGCCCGCGGCCAACCGGGCAGAAACAUCUGCGACUGCGAGCCCUUGUCGGGGAUUGUCUCUGUCUGAUGCCGAAUUUCGAAUCGUACCGUGUCCGGCACCCAGUAGGGCGCUCAGUAAAUACGACUGAACGAACGAACCCAGGCCCUUCUGAUUCCCAGGCCCGGGCCUCCG